GCGGUUUCGUGCGCAUGUCUUUGUUUCUCGCACCUCGAUUGUCAACAAUUUUACGAUUUUUUGCAUAAUUAACAACUGAAACCGUAGCAAAAAUGACCGACAAGGACGGGGAUGGCGGAAGGAAGCAGGCAAAUCCCACAUCUGGAUACGUUGAUCAAAGCUUUGAUGAUGCUGUGGAAGAAAGGGUUAUAAAUGAAGAGUACAAGAUCUGGAAAAAGAACACUCCUUUCUUGUAUGACUUGGUUAUGACACAUGCAUUGGAAUGGCCUAGUCUCACAGCACAGUGGCUGCCUGAUGUCACCAGACCAGAAGGCAAAGAUUACUCUAUACACAGACUCAUCCUUGGGACCCACACGUCAGAUGAACAGAAUCAUUUACUGAUAGCAAGUGUCCAACUUCCUAAUGACAAUGCCCAGUUUGACGCCUCACACUAUGACAGUGAGAAAGGAGAAUUUGGUGGCUUUGGAUCAGUGAGUGGAAAAAUAGAAAUAGAAAUCAAAAUCAAUCAUGAAGGUGAAGUGAAUCGGGCUCGUUACAUGCCCCAGAACCCAUGUGUUAUUGCCACCAAGACACCAUCAAGUGAUGUGCUGGUGUUUGACUACACAAAACAUCCUUCAAAACCAGAUCCUAGUGGAGAAUGCCAGCCAGAAUUGAGACUGAAGGGCCAUCAGAAAGAGGGUUAUGGUCUCUCUUGGAACCCAAACCUAAAUGGGAAUUUACUCAGUGCAUCUGAUGACCAUACAAUUUGCCUGUGGGAUAUCAAUGCCAACCCCAAAGAAGGACGUGUGAUAGAUGCACAGACUAUUUUUACAGGACACACAUCAGUCGUAGAGGAUGUGUCCUGGCAUCUUCUUCAUGAAAGCUUGUUUGGUUCAGUGGCUGACGAUCAGAAGUUAAUGAUUUGGGACACAAGGUCAAAUAACACAAGUAAGCCGAGUCACACGGUGGAUGCCCACACAGCGGAAGUGAACUGUUUGUCUUUUAAUCCAUACAGUGAAUUCAUCCUGGCCACUGGAUCUGCAGAUAAAACUGUUGCAUUAUGGGAUCUGAGGAAUUUAAAACUGAAACUACAUUCCUUUGAAUCGCAUAAAGAUGAAAUUUUCCAGGUCCAGUGGUCUCCACACAAUGAAACUAUACUUGCCUCCAGUGGCACAGACAGAAGACUGCAUGUAUGGGAUCUCAGUAAAAUUGGUGAAGACCAGUCUGCAGAGGAUGCUGAAGAUGGCCCACCUGAACUUCUGUUCAUCCAUGGUGGUCAUACUGCCAAAAUAUCAGACUUCUCAUGGAAUCCCAAUGAGCCAUGGGUGAUCUGCUCUGUGUCUGAGGACAACAUCAUGCAAGUGUGGCAGAUGGCUGAAAAUAUCUACAAUGAUGAGGAACCAGACACCCCUGCAACAGAACUUGAGUCUACAGCAUCAUAAUGAAGUGAAAAUUUUACUGCUGCUGAUGUCAGACAUUUAAAAUUGAUUUGAUAUGUAAAAACAGGAAGAUUGGUCAAUUUUUGAACAGUGUUGGAUGAAUUUUUUUCCUGGAAAACGUGGACUUUUUAUCUUGAGUAUGCAAGCUUACAAAAUACAUUAGGACUAGAUGUAAUAGUACUAUUUGAUCGUCCUUGAAGCUGAUACUGCACAACUUAUAAGAUAUGGUAAAAUGGAUUGGAUCUGUACAUAGUAAAGCUUUAGUGAAUAGAGUGAAUGAUCUGCGAUUGUAUGGAUUUUUCUACCAUGAAAAAUAAAGAUGGGGAAGUGUUAUUGAUAACUACGCUUCACUUAAUUAAGUGAAAGAACCUUCUGCGAAUGUAUGAAUUUUCCUACCAUGUAAAAUAAAGAUGGAGAACCAGU